GCACCAUAUUCUGUAUAAAAGUCAAGAGAUCCCAACUGUGAGACACGGCAGUGGAGAGGAUUCACUCGUGAUCGAGAAGCUCAAUCUCUAGCAAAUUGGAGAGUCAUCGAUCAACCAUGCUCGCCUUUCUUGUCUGCGCUGCCCUGCUGGUUGGAGCUGAGGUGUCUGCUCAGAGCUGUGGGAUCGCAGCGUAUCCCCAGAUCCGCGUGGUGAACGGCGUGGAGGCUCGCGCCAACUCCUGGCCUUGGCAGGCGCUCGUGCAGAGGUACUCUGGAGGAAGAUGGGUCAACUACUGCGGAGGAACCCUCAUUGAUAGUCAAUGGGUGCUCACCUCUGCGAGCUGCUUCACGAGUGGCUACAGCUACAGGGUGGUGCUGGGAAAGCACAGUGUGUCCACAACCGAGUUCGGGGAGGUCACCCCUCCAUUGAGCCUGGCCGUCUGGCAUAGCUACUGGAAUCCCAGCAUGCCGGCGAAUGGGUACGACAUCGCCAUGUUCAAGAUUGCGUCGCCCGUGGCUCUCUCCAGCAAGGUGCGCCUCGCCUGCCUGCCCAGCGCCAACCAGAUCCUGCCCAACAACUACCCGUGCUACGCCACGGGCUGGGGAUCCCUCGACACCAGCGGCCCCUUCCCCAGCGCGCUGCAGCAGGCCAGCCUGCCCGUGGUGGACUACGCGACGUGCAGCCAGCCCAGCUGGUGGGGGAGCAGCCUGAGGAGCAGCGUGAUCUGUGCAGGGGGCAGCACCCGCUCUGCGUGCUAUGGUGAUGGAGGUGGCCCACUGAACUGCCAGCGGUGGGACAAUGCCUGGGUGGUGCAGGGAAUCACCAGCUACAUAUCAUCUCUGGGCUGCAACACGAUCCGCAAGCCCACCGUGUUCACCCGCGUGUCAGCCUACACGAGCUGGAUCAGCACCGUCAUGAGCGUGUACCGUGAAGCCCCGAAGCUCGCCGAAGGAGAGCAGAGCAUCAACAGCGGAGUUAAUGCCACAAUUGCCGCAUUCAAGAAGCCACAGGCUUAAAGCAUCACGCUCUUUAUAUCAAUGCUACCACUAACCCAAGAAUUACAGUUCCUUGCUAUUGGUAUGGCCUGUUUAAUGUGGAACUGGGCCUGUGAGCAUAGGAUGGGUGGUUCUAGUCAGUGAGUUUGUGUGGCCAUGCCAGACAUGUUAUUAGUGUUAAUGAUACUGUCACAAUAUGGCAUUUAGAUCAGAUGAUGACCAGUUCUAUAUUUUGACAACAAAACAUUUAUUUGGAAUACCAACAUGUAUAUUGCACAUCCAGUACUGAAAAUACAAUUUGGAAAAAAAAAUUAAAUUGAAGUUCCAUCAUAACACUACACUUUGCAUACCAAGUUAAAAUCCUUUACCUUUGUGAAGACAUUGUUAAACAAUAUUGCAUAUACACUACUCUUCGACUGAUGAUACAUGCUAAAUUUAAACAUCAUCCAUUCAUAUUCUUGGAAUAUGAAUCCCUGCAGUCACGAAAGCUUUAAAUCAAAAUCAUCCAUUCAGUUUACAAAUUAUAUACUCCCAAGCCACAGUUGGAGUUGCAAGCUCACCGGACUAUUAGACCACCUAUUAAUGGUUUCUUUGUUGCACAUGUACAGCCCCUACAUAUCCAGGAACUUAUAUUACAUUUAAUUAUUGUCAUUGAGGCUUUAAUAUAUAGGUCAAGGAAAGGUAGCAAUUGUGCAAUUUCUUCCAAUAUCAAUUGAGUUUGGAUUGGAUCACGAGAUAUAAUGCUGUAUUGUGGAAAGGCAGUUGAUUCAGGGUGAUACAGCAUUGUAAAGAAAAUGUAUUUUUUAAUGAUUCAUGCAUCUGAUGUGUUUUCUGAAUUCGUCAUACUGCAUUAAGCUCUAUACAUUUCUAAUCUGCUGGUGUAUAGUUUUGAUUGGUGAAAAAUAAAAUAAAAAAUGCAAACAACA